AUGAGCUGCUUCUCCUUCCUGAAGACGGCGAUGUUUGUGUUCAACGGGGUGAUGUUUCUGGGGGGCCUGACGGUGCUGGGCGUCGGCAUCUGGGUGAAGCUGGACAGCGGCUCCUUUGUGAAGAUCCUGGACGUGGCGGCGCCACAACUGAUGCAGCUGGUCCACGUGGGCUACCUGUGCAUGGCCGUCGGCUCCUUCUUGCUCCUGGUGGGCUUCAUGGGAUGCUGGGGAGCCAUGAAAGAAAGCAAGUGCCUGCUGCUGGUGUUCUUUGUGAUCAUCCUGAUCCUUUUCAUAGCAGAGGUGGUGGGGGCUGCCGUGCUCCUGGCUUUCUCUGCUGUGGCAGAUUUAUUUGUUGACCACUUGAAGGACUGGGCCUCGAAGACUUUAAAAGAGGACUACGGAAAACAAGAGGACCUGACAGCCGUCUGGGAUGCCACAAUGAAAGAGCUGCAGUGCUGUGGAUUCCACAACUAUACUGACUUCUACAACAGUUCCUUCUAUCAAGAGCAUAAAAAAUAUCCCAAAUUUUGCUGUCAAGCCAGUGAAGAAUGCCCCCAAAAUGGUACAGAUCAAAGCAAACCGGGCUGCCUGCAGAAAUUCCAGGCAUUCCUGAGCUGCAAGGGGAAGAUUGUCGGAGGGGUCUCUCUCGGGAUCGGGGUCCUCGAGCUGGCUGCCAUGGCUGUCUCCUUGACCCUGUAUUGUCAAAUUGGUACCAGCCUUUGA